UGGAAGCUACAUUUUUGAGUUUGCAAACUUUCCUGAUCGUGAUGCAUGCAGAGAUUUUGUAGGUCAAGCAAUUUUGAAGACUGGAGGAGGUGGGAAGACUGAGGUUGAGAAGGCUUCUGUAACUCACGCAGGAGAGCAACUCAGCACUAAAGAGAUGGAGCGCCGAAUAAAGCUUCUUCAAGAAGACAGUGAAUUGCAGAAGCUCCAUAAGCAGUUUGUUCUAGGGGGUGUUCUAACAGAAGCUGAAUUUUGGGCUACACGAAAGAAAUUGCUAGAGCGGGAUGCGAAAGUAAUAUUGAAACAACGGGUGGGGUUCAAGAGUGCGAUGCUUGCCGAUGUCAAACCAUCAACUGAUGGUCGGACGAAUAGAGUAACAUUUAAUUUGACACCAGAGAUCAUUCAUCAGAUUUUUGCCGAGAAACCAGCUGUCCACCAGGCAUUUCUUAAGCUUGUACCAAGUAAGAUGCCUGAGAAGGAUUUCUGGGACAAAUAUUGCAAAGCAGAGUACUUCCACCGGACAAAAAGUACGGCUGAAUCUGCUGCGGCUGUAGUUGAGGAUGAGGGACUUGCUGUUUUCUUGAAGCAGGAUGAUGUAUGGGAACGUGAAGCUCGCCGCAAGAUUAGACGGGUUGAUCCAACAUUAGACAUGGAAGCCGAUGAAGGGGAUGACUACACUCAUCUUCAGGAUCACGGACUUGUUCAUGAAGAUAACAUGGAUACUAAUGAUUCCCAGUAUGAGGAAUAUCGCAGAUCACUUUCACAAGUACUUAAUCGUCAUGGAGCUGUUGUUCUCGAUGGGAGAUCUAUAGACGGAGAUUUGGGUGACACUAGAUCUGUUGCUGAAGCACUUGCCAAGUCGAAGCAGGUGGAAUUUGCUAAUGAAAUGUCUGAUAAAGAAGCUAAUCAAGAACAAGCUGAUAGGAUUUCUCGGAUGGCUGAGAUUGAGGAUCUCCAGGCACCUCAAGAUCCUCCCAUUGCACCUCUUUUUAUCAAGGAUCCUAGAGACUAUUUUGAUUCACAGCAAGUCAAUGCUAUAAGAACUUUGGGAGAUACGCUUGCUGGGUCAAGAGAAACGAAAUGUAGAGUGAGAACAGUCGAAGCGUAUGGCUCCAUGAGAGAGUGCAUAGCCCAGAUUAAGCAUGUAGGGUUAAGUGAUCCCAUCGUUAAACCUGAAGUUUCUUUGAAGGUAUACAAUAGGUUAACCCAGACUAUUUCUAGCCCCAAGUUUCAUCUCGGGAAGAAUCCGCAGGCUAGCAAUUUGGAUAUGUUGCCUAGCUCCACGAAACACGACAUAUUACACAAUUGGACUUCUAUCCAAGAAUUGCUCAAGCAUUUCUGGUCAUCAUAUCCAAUUACUACUUCCUAUCUCUAUACUAAGGUUAACAGACUUAAAGAUGCCAUGUCAACUACUUAUACAAGGCUACAGGAGAUGCCUGCCCAGUCAGAGUUUAGGCAUGAAGUUUCCCUUCUCGUGAAGCCUAUGAUUCAGACUCUGGAUGCCGCAUUUGCGCACUAUGAUGCAGGCUUGGAAAGAAGAUCAGAAAAGAGUGGAGAUAAACGAAAGGGAGGAGGAGGGUUUGUUGCAUAGGGGAAUUUGUUAUAUUUUUGGUUGGAUUAUUUGAUUUCCAUAGUUCAUACAUUCAAACUGUAGAUCAUCUAUUUGGAAUUUAGUAUUUUUUUUUUUUGAUGAAAUGGUGUAGUAACUAGCUAGUAUAUGGUACAAUUACAAUGGUAGUAAUAACUAGCUAGUUACUUAUCACUGGGUUUUGAGGAAUUGAUUUGUUGA